AUGGAAUUAGGGACGUCGCUUAGCAAUAAUCGAAGACAUUGCUUGCAGCGUAGCGAUAGUUUUGAGUGUGAGUCACUGAUAAUGAAUAUCACUGAACUAGCAGAAAAGGAGAGAAAGGAUGAAAUUUCGAAGCCUCAGCGAAAUAACUUCCAGACUACAUAUUUUAAAGAUGGUAAAAGGAAAAUUGAUUACGUUCUGACUUACGAAUGUAGUGAGAUGGAUGGUGAAGAAGAAUCGAGUAGUAUAAACGAUGUAGAAGAUAGCGCUCAUGCAAGAUCAAGAGAGGAGAAAAAAGUAAAUAAACGCUUACAGUACGAGGCGAAUUUAAGGGAGCUAGGAUUGGAAUUAGAGCAUGUUGAAGGAAAGUAUUGCAAAAGGACUCACUUUGUAUUAGUUCAUGCACCAUUUUUGCUGCUAAUGAAACAAGCUGAAAGUCUUUGUUUGAAAAUGCCAGUAUUGCAAAGCGAUGUGAAAGAACGAACCGUUUUGGAAGGCAUAUUGGACAAAUUUAUGAAAAGAUUUCGUUUUUUAACAUUUGAUGAGAAGACAAAUGAACGUUUAAAAGAACCAAAUUAUUUUACAGCCCCCUUUGUGGCUGCCCAUUUGGAAUGUUAUGUUGGUCACGAAAAUCCGGACACAUUUUUUGACGACUCGGAACGAAGUCGGUUAGUGUAUGAUUUAUUAAUUCGAACUAGGUACGACACACAUGAAGCUGAAAAGUAUCGCGUUGGCAUACAACGUUUGAUCAAGAAUAAUACAUAUACAUCAGCUUUUCCAUUGCAUGAGGACUGUGGUUGGAAUGAAUAUAGUGUUGAUAAAAGUACUGAUCGUGAAUUUUUAUACUGGAAUUGGGCUCGUAUUACAAACAUUUAUAAAUAUCAGCCACUUUCUUUAAUAAAGAAAUAUUUCGGCUCAAAAGUUGGAUGGUAUUUUGCUUGGUUAGGUUAUUAUACGAAAAUUUUAGUACUUGCUUCUAUUAUCGGCAUUUUAUGUUUUACUUAUGGAAUAUUAACGAUUUCAGAGGAUAUACCGAGUAACGACAUUUGUGGUAGUGAUGGAAUCGGUGCUGAAGUAAUAUUAUGUCCAACGUGUGACAAGUAUUGUGAUUACACUCGACUUAAUUCUAGCUGUAUAUACUCAAAGCUGUCAUAUGUGUUUGAUAAUACGUCGACUGUUAUAUUUGCCGCCUUGAUGAGUGUAUUUGCAACGCUGUUUCUGGAAGGUUGGAAAAGAUAUCACGCUGAAGUGGCCUGGAAAUGGGGCUUGCUUGAUUUUGAAGUUGAUGAGGAAACAGUUAGGCCUGAAUAUCAGUUACGUGUUAAAAGAGCGAAAACAAUGCGAAUAAAUCCGGUUACGCAAGAAUUGGAACCUUAUCUAGCAUUCAGUUAUAGAUUUCUGCAUUUAAUUGGAUCCGGUGUAACUGUUCUGUUCUUUCUGUUUCUCGUGAUAGCAUUCGUUAUUGGUAUUAUAAUUUAUCGAAUCGUAUUCUCUCAGGUUCUUUAUCGAGUGGAUAAAAUGAAACCAUAUGCAAAUCUUCUCACAUUCACUACUGCUGCCACACUGAAUUUAGCUAUUAUUUUAGCAAUGAGCUAUCUUUAUUCAUAUCUGGCGCUGAAAUUAACAGAUUGGGAAUGUCCAAGGACGCAACUUGAAUUCGAUAAUAGUUACACGUUUAAAGUUUAUUUAUUCCAGUUUAUCAACUACUACUCAUCCAUCUUUUACAUUGCUUUUGUAAAGGGCAAUUUGUCGAGCGUACCUGGACGACAUUAUUUUGGUCUCCGACCAGAAGAAUGCGAUCCAGCUGGUUGUAUGGUCGAGCUUGUAAUACAAUUGGCAAUCAUCAUGUGCGGUAAACAAUUCUGGAAUGGUUUUGUGGAAUUUGCAUGGCCAGUACUUAUGACUUGGUUCCGGUCGCUGCGGUUAUUAGAAACCAAAAAGCAACGAGACGAAAGAACAAAACAUGAACUAGCCAAUCGAAUGGCUAGAUGGGAGCAAGAUUAUGUACUCAAUCCUACAUAUGAACAAUUCUUAUUUGAAGAAUAUUUGGAAAUGGUGAUACAAUUUGGCUUUGUAACUCUUUUUGUGUCAGCAUUUCCACUUGCUCCACUUUUUGCUUUGGUAAAUAAUAUUCUUGAAAUUCGAGUUGAUGCAUACAAAUACGUAGUUGCUACCCGACGUCCUAUACCGGAGCGAGCACGUGAUAUUGGUAUCUGGUUGCCAAUCUUAAGCAUGAUUAGCAGAGCAGCAGUUCUCGUUAACGCUUGCAUCAUAGCAUUUACAAGCGAUUUCAUACCCCGUUUUGUUUAUCGAUUUGUGUAUAUGCAUGAUGAAUUGUAUGGAUACGUGAAUAACUCACUCUCCUUUUAUGAUUCAUCUGAAAUUUUUGUCAAAUGGAGCGAAUUCAAGAAUGAUAACAUUACUGUUUGUAGGUUCCGUGACUACAGAAAACCACCAUGUACCAUCGAUCCGUUAGCAAACUGUGAUAAUGAUUAUGGUUUCACAAUGCAGUGGUGGAUUGUUUUUACUUUUCGCUUGGCAUUUGUCCUUAUUUUCGAACAUUUAGUGGCAUUGGUUAAAGCUAUGGUUGCUUAUGUGAUACCCGAUAUUCCAGCGAAUAUUUUCAUUCAACUACAACGACAGCGUUUCCUCGCACGACAGGCUCGAAUUUCAGAUAUUACUUCAGGAGUCAGCGCCCGAAAUGGUUCAGAGAACGACCAAGAUAAUACAGAAAAAAAUCAGGUGGACUCUGCUCAGAACGAGCUCGUUUUCCAGCCGGGACAAUUCAGAAAUGAGCAAGCAUCGAUUGAACUAGAAAAGGUUAUGAGAGAAGAUUUUAAUAGGCGAGCGCACUCUCUUCUCUCGCUUCGAAGUCAUGGUAGUGAUAGUUUUCAUACAUGUCAAGAUUCGGUAGAUUCAGAUGGGCCUUAUAUGUAA